CAUGAGGUCUAUGGCCCGUAUUGUGAGAUGCUUUUCUCUCACCGCGACUCUUUUCAAAGGCCAGAGAUGAUUAGUGGGGUUCUCAAAGGUUUCUCGCAUUAAGGAGGACGACAUAAGGCUAUCAGCUGACCUCUGCCCUGGGGUCAUAAGGCUGUCAUUAUGUAUGUGUGAGGACUGAGGAUUAAUUUACCACAGAGUGACCGAGCGAGUCACCAGCCAUUCCCAGCCGCCCCAGAUGAGUGCCUGGAUGGUGGAGCAUGGCCUUGUCUGAGUUCUGCUCUCACUUCCCUCUCCUGUGUCCAAGAUGCCGCCCCUCCAAGCCUCCCCAUGAGUUCUGUGGCUUCGUGGAUAUUGGAGGUGUGGACAGAGAGGUGCGAGUGGAGACUCCACACUUCCCUAGGGUGGAGGGGAUGCGAAUCAGCUCAGACACUUGCCUCCAGGAGCUUGUUGUAUCUCACACGGAUCAGUUACUGGAGGCUCAGAAGACUUCCAGCACUGCCCUUGAGUACUUGCAGAAAUUCCAGAAAGUCUGUACUGAGGCCGUGAGGUGCGACAACAGGGGAAGGGAGGAGGGAGAGCUACAGGUGGAGCUUAAUGAGUCACUGGUGAGGUGUCUGCUGGCUCACCUGGAAGGGCUUGGGUGGUCCAGGGUGCAGCAGGUGUCCCCAAACUUCACCUCCUUCACCCUGCAGACCAGGGAUGCGGGGGAGCGGGUGCACCUUCUACGGGUGAGGGUGGCUGACGGCUACCCACACGAGGAACCCACAGUGGAGGCGGACCUUCCCGGUGGAUUUGAGUUCAACUAUGAGCCGAGUGAGGGUGUGGCAGGUGUGGUGCGGGUGUGGGAGGCACGGCUGGCUUCCCUGCAAGAGUUCUGGGACGUGAUGGACCAGAUAGACAAGGUGGCGCUGGUGCUGGACCCCCCCACCCCCUGCAGGCACCACACCUUCAGGAGACUUCUGCUAGGCAAUCAGGUCAAUGUACAGGUGACCCUUUCGCCGCAGCAGCCCCGCCACCUCCCGCAGUGCCUUCUGUUCGGUCCCUCCAAGCGCACCCGGCCCAUCACUACACGCCUCACCCACACGUACGAGGAGUGGGAUGCAGAGCGGAGUUUUGUGGAGAACCUGGAACACCUACUGGGGGAGAGUGUGGUGAGGGAGUGUGGAGGAGUGGAAGGGGUGGAGCAGGAAGUGGAGUGCCCAAUAUGUUACUCCCUCCACUUCCAAGGAUCACUUCCUGACCAGCCUUGCGAACACUGCUGCACGCCAUUCCACGCUGCCUGCCUCUAUGAUUGGCUGUCAAGUCUCCCUGCCGCCAGACAAAGCAUGAAUAUAAUCACAGGUGAAUGCCCUUAUUGCUCCAAGAAUAUAACUUGCAAGAUCCCAGUGUAAAGAGAGAGAGAGAGAGAGAGAGAGAGAGAGAGAGAGAGGAGAGAGAGAGAGAGAGAGAGAGAGAGAGAGAUCUGUACAAAUAAA